AUGUUGCUACAAAGAUAUUUGUUGCAUGCAACAAAACAAAUUACAUUAAAGAAAUGCAUAUUGCAAAUAACUAGGCAAACAUUUUGUGCAUUCCGUCACACUUAUAGCACAAUAGGAUCAGUCAACAGAAAAUAUACUGACCGACAUGAGUGGGUGGUUGUUGAUAAGGAUAUUGGAACAGUUGGAAUAAGUAAUUAUGCACAAGAAUCACUUGGAGAUAUUGUAUUUGCACAACUUCCGGAUUCUGGAACUGAAAUAAUAGCCGGAGAUGAAUGUGGUGCUCUUGAAAGUGUUAAGGCUGCCAGUGAAAUAUACUCUCCAGUCAGUGGUACAAUUACUGAAAAGAAUGGUGAUGUUGAAAAUAAGCCUAGUUUGAUUAAUACAUCUUGUUUUGAAAAAGGAUGGCUGUUUAAAAUAAAGUUGUCAAAACCACAAGAAUUGGAUGAGUUGAUGAAUGAAGAUGACUAUGAAAAGUUCCUUAAAACAGAUGUUGAGAAGGAUCACAAAUAA